AGAACACAAAAAUGAAAAGAAAGAAAAAAAGUGUUGCUUAAAAAAGAAACAGGACCCUGCAGUUUGUUUUGGCUCCUUGACUCUUCAGGAAGGAUGAAAGAGACAGAUCCUGCAAAGCUAGCGAAGAUGGAAGGAGGAAGAUGGACGGUUGACCUGGUCAGGUUGUCUCCUGCAUCCCUCCCCACAACCUCCAAGCGUUCCCUCCCAGGGACCUCCGAGAGAUCUGAUGGUGAUGAAUUGGAAGGGAAGAACAAGGGAGAACACAACAGAAUCCACAUAGCGGAGAAGUCAAAUAAAUAUUCAGAGUGUCGAAAGAGCGUCCGUCAGAGCUCCCAGUCCCCCUCCCAUCAAAGAAAGAGCUUAAUUCAGAGGGAUACCCUGAUUUCACACGAAAAAACUCACAGUAUAAAGAAAUUGUAUAAGUGCAGAAAAUGUGGAAAGAGCUUCAAUCGGAAAGAUAAUCUCAUUUCCCAUCAAAUAAUUCAUAAAGGGGAGAAACUCUAUCAGUGUUUGGAAUGUGGAAAGAGCUUCAAUCGGAAGGAUAAUCUCAUUUCCCAUCAAAGAAUUCAUACAGGGGAGAAACCCUUUCAGUGUUUGCAAUGUAGAAAGUGCUUCAGUCAGAAGAGCAAUCUCACUUCCCAUCAAAAAAUUCAUACAGGGGAGACACCCUAUCAGUGCUUGGAAUGUGGAAAGAGCUUCAGACAGAGCUCAGAACUCACUUCCCAUCAAAGAAUUCAUACAGGGGAGAAACCCUAUCAGUGCUUGGAAUGUGGAAAGAGCUUCAGUCACAACUCCAGCCUCACUUCCCAUCAAAGAAUUCAUACAGGGGAGAAACCCUAUCAGUGCUUGGAAUGUGGAAAAAGCUUCACACAGAGCUCAGAGCUCACCUCCCACCAAAGAAUGCAUACAGGGGAGAAACCCUAUCACUGCUUGGAAUGUGGAAAGAGCUUCAGUCGGAAGCAUAGUCUCACUACCCAUCAAAGAAUUCAUACAGGGGAGAAACCCUAUCAGUGCUUGGAAUGUGGAAAGAGCUUUAGUGAGAGUGGAAAACUCGCUUCCCAUCGAUUAAUUCAUACAGGGGAGAAACCCUAUCAGUGCUUGGCAUGUGGAAAGAGCUUCAGCUGGAAGACGAGUCUUACUUUGCAUAAAGGAAUUCAUACAGGGGACAAACCUUUUCAUUGCCAUGAAUGUGGAAAGAGCUUCAGAGCGAGUACCAAUCUCACUUCCCAUCAAAAAAUUCAUACAGGUCAGAAACCAUAUAAAUGCUUCCAAUGUGGAAAGAGCUUCAGUCACAGUGCCAAUCUCGCUUCCCAUCAAAGAAUUCAUACAGGUGAGAAACCCUAUCAUUGCCAGGAAUGUGGAAAGAGCUUUAGUGAGAGGGGUAAACUUGCUUCCCAUCGAAGAAUUCAUACAGGUGAGAAACCCUAUCAAUGCUUGGAAUGUGGAAAGAGCUUCACCCAAAGGGUCCAUCUCAAUUCCCAUCAAAUAGUUCAUACAGGUGAGAAACCCUAUCAAUGCUUGGAAUGUGGAAAGAGAUUUCGUGGGAGGGGUAAACUCACUUCCCAUCAAAGAGUUCAUACAGGGGAGAAACCUUAUCAGUGUGUGGAAUGUGGAAAGAGCUUCAGGCGGAAGGAUUGUCUCACUACCCAUCAAAGAAUUCAUAGAGGAGAGAAACCCUAUCAGUGCUUGGAAUGUGGAAAGAGUUUCAGUCAGAGCCACAGUCUCAGUUCCCACCAAAGAAUUCAUACAGGGGAGAAACCAAAAAGAAAGGAAAAAGACAACACAGGUGUAGUGGUUAAGAGCAGUGAACUCAUAAUAUGAUUCCCCGCUCCUCCACAUGCAGCUGCUGGGUUUCCUUGGGCUACUCACAUAUCUCUGAAGUUUUUUAGCCUCACUCACCUAACAGAGUGCUUGUUGUGGUGGAGGAAGGAAAAAGAGAUUGUUAGCCGCUUUGAGACUACUUAGCGUAGUGAAAAAGCGGGAUAUCAAAUCCAAACUCCUCCUCCUCCUCCUCCUCCUCCUCCUUCAGUUACAGCAAUGAACCCACUUCCCAUCAAAUAAUUCAUACAGGGGAGAAACCCUAUUAGAAACCCUAUUAAGCAAACGGUCUGUGAGCACCUAGAAAGGAACGCUGUGAUCACUAAAAGUCAGCAUGGGUUUAUGACAAAUAAGUCAUGUCAGACUAAUCUGAUCUCAUUUUUUGACAGAAUUACAAGCCUGGUAGAUCCGGCAUUUGGCUCCAUUGGGCGGGGGGAGAGAGAAGCGGAGGAUCAGAUCGGUCCUCCGUUCCUCCCUCCCCCCACCCGACAGAUCCGGCAUUUGGCUCCGUCGGGUGGGGGGAGAGAGAAGCGGAGGAUCGGAUCGGUCCUCUGUUCCUCCCUCCCCCUGCCCGACAGAUCCGGCAUUUGGCUCCUGUUUUUUUACUUUCAGCACACCAGCUUCUCACUUUUAUUAUUUCUACGGUUUUUCUCUACCACCUCCUUUCGCAAUAAACGCAAAGCGGCUUUCCCUGGGUUAAACGUUUGGCUGACACAGUCUUUCGCGGUACGUAUUUUUCCCCCCCAGAGCACGGGUGGACUUCUCUAAAAGCUUCCUUGUCUUUAAUUUCUUAUAAAAUUAAUUAUUCACUCCUCCGGCAGCGUUUCUGUCUUGAUUCGAAACGGUUUUCUUUGGUCGUAUUUGCCCCCCCCCCUUUGCUUUUUAUCCACGUUUCUAUAGCCACCUCCUUCUUCCUCCUUUAAAACCUUCCUUCUUUCUUACGUGAGGGGGGGGAUAAUCUCUGCAUUUCCCCUUUUGGCUAGCUUCACGCUCCGGUACAAAUUCAAACGCAAAUAAAAGAGAUUUUACCGUCGUUUUGCUGCGUCGGGAGCAGGGCUUUUCUGCAGGGGCUUGCUUUUAGCGUCUUAGUGCCCGGGACUCCCCCUCUCCUCAGCCCGAAAGCGAGGGAUGCCAGGAGCUCCCUCGGGCACCGCCGACCUUCUCGGGACAGAAUCGCCUUCUCCCCCUUAAAUUGGGGGUGCAGUUAGCCUUCUGUCACCCCCUAAACCGCCUGCAGACACCCCACGACUCAGAGCCUUCGCGGAGCGUGGCCGAACGCCGUUGCGGUAAAACCGGAAGACGACUUGGAAGCUGGUCCAAAAUGCAGCGGCCAUAUUAUCGGCUGUGCCCCCCCUUUACUAAUAACAUUUCUAUCCCACCUUUUUCUCCAAGGUGCUCAAGGUGGCAUCAACGGGUCUGCCCCACUCAUUGAAUCCCACAGCAGCCUUUCAGAACACAUUUCAGAACUCAUACAGUGACAAGCAAUAAUAAAUUAUAUGUCGUAGAUAGUCCUGCUAUUUUCGUGAUACAAAUGGAAUGAAAAGACUUGGUCUAUUCACCUGCAUCUUUCAUUAUUCCCACAAUCCUUGUUAAUAAAACCCCCAAAAAAAUGUUAUUCCAAAAAGAAAGGGAAAAGACAACACAGGUGCAGCAGUUAAGAGCAGUGCACUCAUAAUCUGGUGAACCAGGUUUGAUUCCCUACUUCUCCACAUGCAGCUACUGGGUGACCUUGGGCUACUACUACUACUACUACUACUAAUAAUAAUAAUAAUAAUUUAUUAUUUGUACCCCGCCCAUCUGGCUGAGUUUCCCCAGCCACUCUAGGCAGCUUCCAACACAAAGUUAAAAUACAUUAAAAUGUCACUUAAAAUACAUUAAAAUGUCACACAUUAAAUACUUCCCUGAACAGGGCUGCCUUCAGAUGUCUUCUAAAUGUCAGAUAGUUAUUUGUCUCUUUGACAUCUGAUGGGAGGGCGUUCCACAGGGUGGGUGCCACUACCGAGAAGCCCCUCUGCCUGGUUCCCUGUAGCUUUGCUUCUCACAGUGAGGGAACCGCCAGAAGGCCCUCGGAGCUGGACCUCAGUCUCCAGGCAGAACGAUGGGGGUGGAGACGCUCCUUCAGGUAUACUGAACCGAGGCCGUUUUGUGCUUUAAAGGUCAACACCAGCACUUUGAGAUGUGCUCAGAAACAUACUGGGAGCCAUUGUAGGUCUUUCAGAAUUGGUGUUAUGUGGUCUUGGCAGCUGCCCCCAGUCACCAGUCUUGCUACCACAUUCUGGAUUUGUUGUAGUUUCCGGGUCACCUUCAAAGGUAGCCCCACGUAGAGCGCAUUGCAGUAGUCCAAGCUUCUUUGAAGUCUCUCAGCCUCACUCACCUCACGGAGGGUUUGUUGUGGGGGAGGAAGGGAAAGGAGAUUGUUAGGCGCUUUGAGACUAUUUAGGGUAGUGAUAAAGCGGGUUAUCAAAUUCAAAUCCAAACUCAAAUCCAAAUGCACAUGCCCCAGGCCACACCUGCGCUGCAUAUGGAAACAGGAUCAGUCCACUUUAAAGAGUCAUGGCUUCCUCAAAAAAAAUCCUGGGAACCAUAGUUUGCUGAGGGUCCUGAGAGUUGCUAGGAGACGUCCCCACCUUGAGUGGUUCAGCAAUCCCUCCUUCUUUCCAGGGUGGAGGGGGCUGGUGAGAGAGGGUCUCCCAGCAACUCUAAGCACUUGGGGUGGGGGUGUCCAUAGUGACCUUCCGAGGGAGACCAUUCCACUGUCAAACAUACCCAGCUCCUUCAACUGCUAAUCAUAAGGCUUGGCUUCCAUGACCCUUGAUCAUCUUGGUCGCCCUCCUCUGCAAACCUUCCAGCUUGUAAACAUCCCUCUUAAAUUGUGGUGCCCAGAAUUGGACACAGUAUGUUAUGGGGUACAGGGAGGGUUUGAACUCUAACCACUCUAACCACUAGGCCUUCCUAGCCCUUCGGUCCUGUUUGCUGUUCCCAGGGCCUUCCGUCAUCCAGCCUUCCUGGCCUCCGUCAUCCAGCCUUCGAAGAAGCGCAUAGAUUGAGAUUUGGGCUCCGUUUUGCGGGUGGGGGGAGGGAGGGAGGGAAGCUCCUGAGCGCAGGCGCAGAAGCAGGGAAACUGCAGGCAGGGAGAGGGAAGGAUGGUCUCAGCUUGGCAAGGGUUAAAAGGAGCAGAGCUGGAUUCCUAAAGAGGACAGGAAGUGAAGGGGGAGGGGGCAAAGUCCCCCAUGGCUAAAUUCCCUCCCUCCCACAUCUCUGCCUGUCAGCCAAGAGGAGGUUGCUUUCUUCUCUCUUCUUUGCAAAAAGCUUCCUCUGUGAGUGUUCUGGUAGGAGGGGGGUCCCAGGGGUGGAAGGAGGGUGAAUGGGGGGUCCCUGUUCAGAUCAUGCCUGGUGGGGGGAGACCCCCAAGUCAGGGAGCAGAGGGUCCUCCUUUGUCCUCUCUGCCAAGCCUUGGAGGGGGUGAUUUCGCAGGAGGUCAACAUCUCUGUUCUUCCUUGGGAUCCAGAGGCUGCCUUCCUUUUUGGGGAGGGGGCUUUGGGUCAAGGAAAACUGGGCAUGCAAAUAAACCCCCUUCAGAUCUGGGGUUAAGUCACAUUUGUGAACAGAGGCUGCAGCCAGAGAAGCGAACACGGAGCAAUGGAUUCAAACUACAAGAAAGAAGAUUCCACCUAAACAUUAGGAAGAACUUCCUGACAGUAAGAGCUGUUUGGCAGUGGAAUUUGCUGCCAAGGAGUGUGGUGGAGUCUCCUUCUUUGGAGGUCUUUAAGCAGAGGCUUGACAGGCAUAUGUCAAGAAUGCUUUGAUGGUGUUUCCUGCUUGGCAGGGGGUUGGACUGGAUGGCCCUUGUGGUCUCUCCCAACUCUAUGAUUCUAGG